AUGAUUAAUGCAUAUGGACUGAAUGGAAUGGGUUAUGAGGCAAUUCAACUCUAUCAUCGAAUGCCAGAGGAAAUGAGAAAUGAAAAAUCACAUGUUUGUGUGUUGAAUGCUUGUUCACAUUCUGGUCUCGUCAAUGAAUGUCGUUCAAUUUUCAGAACAAUUCCAAAUAAAAGCAAUUAUAUUUAUACAACAAUAAUAGAUUGUUUAAGUCGUUCAUUUUUCUUUGAUGAAGCAAUGCAGUUGAUCGAAGAGUUCGAGCGCCACCAAUCUCCUUAUCUACCGAUGUACAUGUCCUUGUUGUCAGGUGCUCGCAAUCGGAACGAUGUUUCUCUUGCACGACAAAUAACUCAGCGAAUAAAACAACUGGAUCAUGUUAGCGACGACUGUCUCUCAUCGGCUUCUGUGCUUUUCGAAAUGAACCAAUCAGGCAUUGGGAAAAAAGUGGGUCUAUCCUGGACAGAAGUCAACGGUGAAAUUGUGGAAUUUCGUGUCAAAGAUCGAAGACAUCCACGAACAAAAGAGAUCUACGAUGAACUUCAUCGAAUUGAAAAAGAACUCAUUGAACAUGGCCACAAGUUCGAUGCCAGUUGGAUAACACGUGAAAUGAUGCCCGAUGAAACUGUCGCAUCCAUUCUCAACAGUCACAGUGAACGAUUGGCACUUGCAUAUCAUUUCAUUCAGCGACCAGUUCCAUCACACAUUCAGAUCGUAAAGAAUCUUCGCAUUUGUGGUGAUUGUCAUGGUGCAAUUAAGCUGAUCAGUAAAAUCCGUCGAUGUGAAAUUAUUAUUCGUGAUGCAAAUCGUAUUCAUCAUUUCUCAGAUGGGAAAUGUUCAUGUAACGAUCAUUUCUAA